AUUUAUCCAAUCAGAAAGAGGUCUUGCUUAACAUCGCGUGUCGAUUGGCUGUCAGCUUGGCGCCUUGUCCCCGCCCCCAACUGUCAGGCACUGCGCUGGUCAAACCGUUUGACGGCUGGUGCGUUGAGCUCUUACACUUUUAACUUUGUAUUAAAUCAUUGGACACACUCCAACCGUCCACAAUUUCAUUUCAUGUACAUGGCGCGCGCCUAUGUACACUCGUCGAUUUUCUCCACUUUCCCUUUUCGCUAUGAAGCACAAUUAUGGCAAGGAGUAGCAAGUCAGCAACAACAGCGAGGACCCUGGAGGAUUUGACUCUAGACUCGGGUUAUGGUGGAGCCGCCGACUCCUUCAGGUCUUCCAGUGCGUCCCUGUGCUGCUCGGAGGUACAUGGGCGGAACUGCUGGCAACUAACGGACUCCAUGCACAGUCGAAAUAACAGCCUGGACACUGUCAACACGGUCCUGGUCGAAGACGCCGAGAUCCUGGAGUGCACCGGCCAGUGCGCUAAACUACCCGAGCUUGAGGAUGUGCCGUGGAGCCUCGGGGAGGUGGCGAGAGCCCUGCAGAGGGACGAGGGAAUGAGCGUGCCGAGCCCACCGCAGGACGUCCUGCUCCGACUCUCGGCGCUGGCCAGCCGGGCCCUCGUGAGGGUCGCCAAGGAGGCGCAGCGCUUGAGUUUGCGCUACGCCAAAUGCACCAAAUACGAGAUCCAAAGUGCCAUAAAGAUGGUUCUGUCGUGGGUCGUCUCCACGAACUGCAUCGGCGCCGCCCUCAGCGCCUUGUCCUUGUACAACAUGAGUACGGAGGAGGACAAGUUCGGCCGCGGCAAGUCCGUGCGCUGCGGGCUAGUCUUUAACGUGGGGAAAUUCUUCAGGUGGAUGGUCGAUAGCAGGCUCGCGGUCAGGAUCCACGAACACGCUGCCAUAUAUCUGGCGGCGUGCAUGGAGAGCCUCUUCCGCGAGAUACACGAGCGAGUGCUCCGCAGUGCUCUGUUGGAGCGGGACAACAGUAUGCCCAAGUUGAGCGUGGAGAGCCUGGAGCAGGCCGUCGGCAGUGAUGCUGAGCUUUGGGGGUCAUUGCAGCACUGGCAACACCUCAUCUGUGGGAAAAAUGCGUGUGGUGUGCUUAGUCUACCCGAGGGUCUGACUCUGCAGCAGCAGCGAACAGGAAAGAAUGGCGAGGGAAACGCCUACAGCCAGUCUGAACUGCGCUCUGUUGAACAGUGCUUACUGGCCACACGAGUGGGCAGCAUCUCUGAACUCAGUGACAUGGUGUCACGAGCUAUGCACUACCUCCAGCCACUGUACACCAAGAACCACAACAACGGGACACCCAUCCAUCAGAAGAGCGCAGUGAUACACUGGGCCCCCGAGGCGAUCUACACAUUGUGUUACUUCAUGCACUGCCCCCAGAUGGAGUGGGAGAACCCGAACGUGGAGCCAUCAAAAGUUUCCUUACAAACUGAGAGGCCGUUCAUGCUGCUACCGCCUCUGAUGGAGUGGGUGCGUGUGGCUGUUGUUCACACUGAGCACAGACGGAGCUUCUCUGUGGACAGCGAUGAUGUUCGGCAGGCUGCCAGGCUGCUGCUGCCAGGAGUGGACUGCGAGCCCCGCCAGCUCCGAACGGAUGACUGCUUCAGCACCUCAAGGAAACUGGAUGCUGCCUCAACCGAGGCAAAGCUCCUGCAAAACUUGGGCUUCCAUAUGCUCAGCUGUGGACGCACAGACUUGGUGAAACAGGCUGUCAACCUGCUGGGGCCGGAUGGUAUCAACAGCAUGAGUGAGCAGGGGAUGACCCCACUCAUGUAUGCUUGUGUCCGUGGAGACGAGGCCAUGGUGCAGAUGCUGCUGGAUGCUGGAGCAAAUAUUAACAGUGAGGUGCCAAACUCAGUGCACAGGCACCACUCAGUCUUUCCCGAAACGCGCCAGGCGACGCCCCUCACUUUUGCUGUGUCACAUGGACAUGUGCCUGUGGUGCAGCUGCUUCUGGAUGCCAAAGCCAACAUGGAAGGCUCCCUGCAGGAUGGGAUGGAGAACUACACUGAGACCCCGCUGCAGCUGGCUGCUGCUGCAGGUAACUUUGAGCUGGUGAGCCUGCUGUUGGAGCGGGGGGCCGACCCCAUGUUGGGAACCAUGUCCCGCAAUGGCAUCUCUACUGCGCCGCAGGGAGAUAUGAACUCCUACAGCCUGGCAGCAGCGCACGGACACAGAAAUGUCUUUCGGAAGCUGCUGUCACACACACAGAAAGGUAAAGGAGAUGUCUUAUCCCUAGAAGAGAUUCUGGCAGAAGGGUCAGAGCUGGAGGGAAGAAGUUCAUCUGAGACAGACCUAAUGCGAACAGGGAAGGCCAAACUGAAAGCCCUGAAAGAAGCCAUGUAUCACAGUUCAGAACAUGGACAUGUAGACAUCACCAUAGACAUACGGAGCCUUGGGGUGCCAUGGACUUUGCACACAUGGCUGGAAUCUUUGCGCACAUGUUUCUCCCAGCACCGCCGGCCACUGAUCCAGGGCCUUCUCAAAGAAUUCAUCUGCAUCGAGGAAGAUGAGUACACUGAGGAGCUCAUCACACACGGCCUGCCGCUCAUGUUCCAGAUACUCAGAGCCAGCAAGAAUGAAGUGAUCAGCCAACAGCUGUCAGCCAUCUUUACCCAGUGCUAUGGACCCUACCCCAUUCCCAAACUUGCAGAGAUAAAACGCAAGCAAUCAUCACGCCUCGAUCCCCACUUCCUGAACAAUAAAGAGAUGUCGGAUGUGACAUUUUUGGUGGAGGGGAAGCCUUUUUAUGCCCACAAAGUCCUGCUCUUCACAGCCUCCAAUAGGUUCAAAACUCUGCUUGCAAAUCGACCUUGUGGUGAAAACACCUGCAUUGAAAUAAGCCAUGUGAAAUACCACAUUUUUCAGCUUGUGAUGCAGUAUCUCUACUGCGGAGGAGCAGAUGCUCUGCACAUUAGGAACCCUGAUGUUAUGGAGCUUUUGUCUGCAUCGAAAUUCUUCCAGUUGGAAGCGCUGCAGAGGCAUUGUGAGAUUAUCUGCACGAAGAACAUAAACACAGAUACUUGCGUGGAGCUCUACAACCACACGAAGUUUCUAGAUGCACCAGACCUAGCAUCCUACAUCGAGGGCUAUUUCCUAAAGAACAUGGUCAUGUUAAUAGAGCUGGAGCCAUUUAAACAGCUCCUGUAUGAUGCACCUCCAGAUAGUCCCAGCUAUAACAUCCUUCAGAACUUGGAGAAAACGUUGGCUGUUCGCAUCCAGUCCAUUCACUUGUCCUCAUCCAAGGGGUCCAUCGUUUGAACUAGUCAACUUAUAAAAAUCAUCGCAGGCUUGGAACACGAGUGAUAUUGCAAUAAAAAAAAUAUAUAUAUAUAUAUAUAUAUACGCUCCAGCACCCCCGCGACCCUUGUGAGAGUAAAGCGGAUUGGAAAAUGGAUGGAUGGAUAUAAAUAAAUGCCUGGGCUGCCAUGUUGCCAUGUUAUAGCCCGUUCUGGUGUAGGCUGUCUCUCCAUGACAGUCAUACAAUAGCUUUUCCCACUCAUCUCAUCACGAUGCAGUGUUUGUUUCAUGAUGAGUUAUGGACACUGACAGGAAGGACGUGGCGUCAUCUCUUGAGACAUUUACGAGGGUUUUUGUAAAUAAAUAUACAGCACCACUGAUGAUCCUUCCCAUGCUGCAAGGACACGUUGCUGGUGUCUUCCUUUGUGAUUACUUGCUCACUCGUCUGUGGCAAAGAAUACAUUUGUAUUGUCAGUCCUGAUGAUUACUCUUUCAGGCCAAAAAAACGGACCUGUAAGAUUAGAGUGGCAUCCGUCAUGUUUUAUGUGGAAAUCAGAACUUGAAUUUCCUUUACUCUGUAAAUAUUGUUGAUAAAAGCAGAUUGAUCCGUAACGUAAGUCACUGGAUAUAUCCAAUUUCUCAUGUCUCACUGUUGAAAAAUGCUGUGAAAGAAAAACGAUCUAUGUUUAAAUGUUGCAUGUCUAAGGGAACGCGUUGGAGGACGAAGGUUGUUGCUUCGUCGAAGAGUGGAUGGUGAGUGAGAAUUGAUUUGUCAUCAGCACGGGUCACUAAAUGUCUAAAACUCUUAACGCUGUUGUCAUUCUUGUUGAGAGGCUCAAGGUGUGUUUAGUCAUGAAACGGAGAAGCUGUUAGCCGUCAUCAGGAAUUGUGAAACUACAUGCCAUGUAUGUGUGUGUGUGACUUGUUAUCUUUCCUCCAUAAAGAGUAUUGAUAAUGUGCAA